AUGGCUUCCCAAUCCGGCACGCUCGCCGGGCUGGCGCUGGAGCCGCUCGCGCUCUUCCACGCCGUCGACCCCUACCUCUCCUCCGUCUUCGUUUUCACCGGCCCCGUCACCACCGCAAACUCGACACUGAGCAGCUCCCGCAUUCAGGCGCACAUCAUCACCUCCGGAGGCGUCCAUAGCUACCCGCGAAUCACCAUUUCUCCCGCUGCUCCCGUCUACGCUGCUGUCAAUCACCUUCCACGCGAUAGACAGGGCGAUGAGGUAUACCGUGGGCUGGCCGUUUGUCUGUUUAAAUACUUCUCUGAGCUACCGCAAUUGGUAAAGGACGCCUUGACAGCAUUAGCGGUUUCGGAGAAAUACGGCGCACGUUUACCAAAACUCUUCGAUGAGGUUCAUGCCGCCGAUCUGGCAAAUAGGAUGAUUAGAGUCGAGGGUAUGCCGCAGGUUUUGCCGGAUUUGAAAGAUGCGUUUAGCGAAAAAAUUGUUCCGUGUGUUGAUAUCGACUUUGUUCUGCCGCCGGGUUCGAUUGACACGCCUCCUCAAAAUUCUCGAGACGCAGGAUCCGAUGCGCAUUCCAUCCAGAAAUUCUCAGACCGAUUCGGCCAAUAUGCCUCCCUGAUAGAAGCAUUAGGCGACCCUAUAUUUCUGCCAACGGCGAAAUUAAAACGAGCGCCCUCACAAUCCACCAAUCUGAGCAAGUCGAGGACAUUUACUUCUGCCCAGAAGGAGACGUUGCGGCUUUCCAUGUGUGAGGUUGUCGAUACCGAGGAGCGAUAUGUUGGGAAGAUGUAUGACUUGGUUCACAAUGUUGCGCACGAAUUUCGCCAGAAGGCUAGAGAUAAAUCGGUUUCAAGCACUAGUCCGAAUGAAAGUGAGCUAUUGAAGUUGUUUCCAACCUGCUUAAAUGAGAUUUUAGAGGUCAACAUGGGGUUUUUGAAUGAUAUACGCCAGAUACUUGAGUACACAGAGAAAGACGCUCUUAAUGACAUUAUCAAGGAUACCGUGCUUGAUUCCAGCGCAUUAGCAAGAGACUCGAACGGACAGAGAAAGGACCCAAUCGGCAUAAUUGCCUUUGCUCGUUGCCUUCAGGAGUGGCUGCCACGCUUUUCCCAGCCUUAUGGGGAAUAUAUGAAUGCUCAUACAGGAUUCACGCAGAUUUUAAACACCUUCUUGAAUGACCAGAACUCAUCAUUUUCAAAAAGGGUUUAUGAGUCCGGUGAGCAGCGAAUGCGCUCUUUGCUUAUGGAGCCUGUACAGCGUUUACCACGGUACAGCCUGCUAAUAGAUGCAAUGACGAGUGCACUUCCCAUUGUGCAUCCAGCAGUCAAAUCCCUCUUAAAUGCAAGGGACACCAUAGCGGAAAUAUGCUCUUUGGACUCGUCCAGCGGUAUAGGGCAAAGCCUUAAACGGCUCCAGACUUUGGUAACUGGGUGGCCUGCUUCAGUAACACCAACUGGGAGAUUGAUUACCGCAGUAGACUUCUAUACUCUUUUACCUCCGUAUCGUCCUGGCCUUCAAGGCACUCGAAGUGAACCUGGAAUACUCCUUGUCUACUCUGAUUUCCUGGUUCUCGUACUAAAAGGCCCCGAGAGCAAGCUCACUGCCCGUGGCCUUCAUGCAGAAUUAGAUAAACCGCAGCCAGGAUUCGGCACUGACCCGACGACUUCUACUCCAGAAAUGAUAUUUCUUCAGGCUUCUCGCAUCGUUAAUGUUCGCUGCUCUCAAUCUAAGUGUGCACAGGUUUUAUACCUUACCCCCGCUACUAACUUCCUGCGGAACGAACGUUCUCGCUCGAAGCCCGCGCUACAAGCCCUCGAAUUAUUGUCUAGCUACGAAGGGAAAGCGCAUAGGCUAAUCGAAGAGGUUACAAAAGCAAGAAUCGAAGGCAGAUUUCCAGAACAAUAUCGUGAACGAGGAAAAUGGUCUCUUCACCAUCCGGAUGGGACAUGUGGGAACCUUGGAGCUCUGAUAUCGGUGUUCGAAGAAAGCGCAGUAGACGAUAUGCCUUCAAAAUUAUCCUCAACUAUACAGCUAAAUUUCGGUCCUCGGAAGCCUGACCUGCAUAUCGAUGAGUUAAAUUCGAACCUUGACGUCAAUAUCUCCAUGUCAAUGGUUGGAGAUGGAAAAUACAGGAUGGAAAUGGAUUCUGUUACAGGGGUAUUCUAUACCGAUAUAUUCACCCCGCAAGAUUUUGUUCCAGUCCUAACCAAGCGAAGUAAGAAUCCCCAGAAAUUUCUUUUCUUUCCUUGUUCCUUUGACAGUAGUUUCCUAACUUGGGUAGUUCAAAUGCUUCUUCGCCCCUUGAACCAACCUCAGAAUCCAUUUUUAACAGACGUAAUUGUAAGAGCAAACUUCAGUAUUCUUCGAAUUAUCGCUUCCCAAAUCCUGGCAUCAGCCAAAGCUACGAAAGGGCUGCGUCCGCGGUCGCCAUCUAAACUUUUGUCAAGCUUUUGGAGUGGUGGUCAGCCCAAGGAACUGCAGAUGCCUUUGAAAGGCCUUCUCCCACCACCUCAGAUGACUUCUACACCUCCCGUAUUCUCUAUUACAGAAUAUGAAGACCCACAUAAAGGAUCUCCUUCUACUCCAUCACCUUCCAAGACGCCAAAAGUUGCAAAUGGCGGAAUCAAUAUUACAGACGAGACUUCCAAAUACCUCGAACAUUUGGAACAGACAUUUUCUACCUACGUGAUUGCAAUACGCUCCAGAAGCGGUAAUAUCGUAGGCCGUGUACUUCGAGCAAGAGAUCGUGUCGAUGAAGCAGCUGUUAAUGAACUUUACAAUGUUCUUUUGGAUGAUGCUGGGAAGAUUCAGGCUGCUGCUGAAGCACCAGUCGAUGUUCUAAUUGUCGCCUUUGAAGCUUUCAUGGCUAAGGCAUGGAAAGACCACAUUGGUCCUAUUAUUCCCACUCAAUCUCUAUCGCUCCUUCAGAACAAAUUUUGCUCAUUGUUUCCCGGUGAUUUCGAAGAUUUUUUCCGCCGCUUUCUGUCUGAAAUGAGCCCUCAAACGCGACGAGCACUGACAAGCCUAGUGAAUUUGUUGGCCGAUCUGCUAGAUGCCUCGGGGAACGAUGGUGAUCGAGGUGCGCUGACAGAGGUCUUUGCGGAAAUUUUGACCGAUGAAGGAGAUCCUAGAGAACACAUUUCUCUUUUAGAUCGUCUCGUUGAGGAUUUUGAACGUUUAUUCGACGAAAAAGCCCCCUCCGUGGCUCCAAUGGAAGGAACAUUGAUUCAUGACCCAGACAACCGGCGGGAUCGCUCCCAGUCCGUUAAUCAUGGCUCUAUAAAUUCAAAUAACUCUUCGUUUCGUAAGAGGUUCGGCUUUAGUCUACAUCGCGAGCGAAGCAAAACGGAAGGCGAGAGCAAAGUCAGCUCUAUAAUACGCACCCUGAGCAAGUCGAAAGGAUCUGGAAUAGCCUCGGCCUUGGAAGUGGAAUCAGGAACAUCCAGCCUUCCAAGAAUCAACCUUAUGCGUGCCAAAUCAACUGACUUGGACACUCGGCUACAUAGUUUGCUACGCCCAGGAUCACGAGAACGUCCAUUCAUGCCCGCAUUUUUUUCUAGUGACCAUGACUUGUAUCGACCAGGUAGUGCUCACAGCAACGCUCCGACGUUAAGCUCAAUUGGUGAGGAUCGGGUUGAAAAACCUGUCUCCCCCCGAAAGAAGCGCAGAAGCUCUUUGUCAGACCUUAGACCAGUAUCUGCAGGGGAAAUAAAACCUCUAUUUCACUCGGAACAUGACUCAAACACCAUAGCUUCGCCUGCUACUCCGACCAAUAAUAAUAGCCUGGUAGAGUCCGACGCUUCACCUACUCCUUCUGCACCAUCAAGUCGAACGAGUAGAACAAGACUUCGCUCUCCGAUUCGCAUGCACUCCCCUCCUCCUCGCAUCACCUCACCUCCUGUCCGCCAUGUUUCGCCUAGUCGAAAAGAGAACACUCCUCCAUCCCCUAGAACAGCGCUCGGGGAUAAACCAGUCAAUAGAAAGACUAACGUAUCAACAAGCCCUAAGAAACAACCUGAGUUGCGGCCACAGAGUCACCAUGCUAGCGUUAAUGGCCUGAAAGAACGCAUGAUACCUCCAAAUGGUUCAGAUAUGUCGCGUAUACCACUAUCUACGGUUCCCACGCCGAAGGUUCAAAAGCUAAAGAUGCAGACUCCCCAGAAAGUGAGUUGUAGUCUGAGAUUUGCCGAUGUCAAGCUAACCACAUCGCAGCUUCGGGAACGCGUGCAAAAUGAAAAGAGGGCGGUUGCAUCCGCUGAAACAACGCUCAGGGCCGAGUUGACGUCCAUUGCCCAAGAAAUCUCCAACCCGAGAAUGUCUCCGCCAAAGGGUAGACCAACAUCAUCUAGCGGAACGUCCAAACUAGCAAAUUCAUCAUCAUCAAGUCCGCCUUCAGUGCUUACUUCUCGUAUUCGAACUCUCUCAGAUAAACUUAAUUCAGCGACAGCAGAUUUCAAUGAGAGGACUUUGUCACUUGAGAAAGAUAUCGAGAAUUCCCUUGUUGUUAGCGAAAGACGCGCAAAGAAACUUGAUGAAUUAUAUCGGGAAGCUAGUGCUGAGAAUGAAGCCUUAUACCAGCGUUUCAACGAGGAGCUAAGCAAAAUCGCCAGAGAUGUUCGUCGGGAUGAUGGGGAGAGGUCGCUUAGGGAACAAUUGAGCGAGACGCUUGAUGAACUCGCUAGAGUAAAGAAAGAAAAUAUGAGGCUUAAAAGAGAAAUUGGGGGCCUGAAGGCUCAGCAAUUUGUUGCUGACGGACGAGAACAUGAUCAAUAA